AAAGAGGUGCGACUAGCUGUUCAUAAUGGAGUGCUUUUCCCCACGUUCAUGUCGGAAGUGAGAGUUGAGUAUGGUAGAAGAUGCAAAGAAUUAAGGCAGUCUAUAUGCGAUCACUGCGUAGUAUGUGUGGGCUGAGACUGAUAGAUUUAACUCCGAAUGCUUUAAUACGCGCUAUAUCUCAUAUUUUCCUGGAAACAUGGAAACAGAUUACAUAGUUUGGAUAUACGUAACAGAAAGUUCCUUGAGAACCGGACUCCGGUAGAAUGGCAUAAAUACAAAUAGUGAGGACUAUAAUAUUUAUGUUUCUGGCAUGUAGUGUAAAGAUGGAGUUUGGUGGCAGAAAUCAGAUUAAACAGCUCUUAGGGAUACUCUUCCCGUGAUUAAUGUGGUAAAUCAUUAUAGAUAUAGAGAGAUUAUAGAGUGCUAGAGUAAGGGCUGGCUUGAAGCAGAGUCUUGCACUAUCAAUGAUGCCCAGUUUCUUAGAAGCCAAAUUGGUUUUGCUUUCCACAUGACCGUGAUAUUAGCAAUUGCCCGAGAGAGAUUUCGAGACCUUGUAUCCCGAUUCUAGGAGAAUGCUGAGAAACCGUGAAAAAACAACAAAUGGGAUUUCAAAUUAUUUUAAAGCCCAAAUGAUGAAAGUUUUGAGAGAAAUGCAAUACACGAUCAAAGGCAUUCUACUUACUACCUAACGGGCCUUUUCGCUUUGCUUUUGGUAGCUGCCGCCUAUACCAGAAGAUCGCCAAGCGAUUGAUAAUUGCCAAAGUUAUGGCAAUUAAUAAUGCUCUCAGAGAGCUUGUACUUAGGUCAAUUUUUAUCUGGAUACAUGGUGAGUUGGACUGCUCCAGUGAUUCCUAAGCUGCAAGAUCUGAAUCAAUCACCGAUUCCUCGGCUGCUUUCUGAUUUGGAAACAUCACUGCUGGCUUCAAUUCUAUAUGCGUCAGUGCCAGGAAUUCUAACAAUGAGUUGGCUGUCCAAUUAUAAAGGCCGAAAACUGUGUUUAAUAAUAUCCAGUUGCCUGUUUAUUGUUUCAUAUACAUUGCUGGCUGUAACACAAAACUAUGCAAUGUUGCUAGCAUCUCGAUUAUUAGGUGCAUAUGGAUUAUGUACUGCAUUGAUAAUGAACGUACUAUAUAUUGGAGAAAUAGCGUCAAAAAAGGUACGUGGGAUUCUUUUGACAGGUUUAGGAAUAACUCAAGCAAUUGGAUCAGUUUUGAUACUGAGUGUUGGACCCUAUGUAUCUUUUUCAACUACAGCCUAUAUAGGACUUAUCCUGUCAGUUAUUUACCUUGUUGCGGUUUCGUUUAUUCCAGAAUCACCUGUUUAUUAUGCCAUAAGAGGUAAAAAAAGUGAACUGGUAAAAGUUAUGCAAGAUUUGAAUAGAUUCGAUGAAAUUGAUGAUUAUGUAGAUAUAAAAAAAUCAGAAAGAAAUGAUAUUAAUGAUUGGAAAGAGUUAUUUACAGAGAAAUGUAACAUACAAGGCUUAUUUAUAGCUACAGGUAUAAAUAUGUUACAAUACGGUAAUGGAUCUCUUAUUGUAACAUUUUUUUCUACAUCAAUAUUUGAACAGGCAGGCUCGUCAAUUGAACCAAAUUUAGCAUCAAUCAUAAUAGGAUGCACACAGCUAUCAGGAAGUGUAAUUGCACCAUUCUUUGUGGAAAAAUCUGGAAGACGACCGCUUUUGAUGACGUCGACGGCAAUUUGUUGUGGAAGUAUGAUCGUGUUUGGAGUAUAUUUUUAUUUGAGUCAUAUUGGUGCAGAGGUAAUUCAACAUUUCAAAUGGCUGCCCCUCGUUGCUCUGGCAGUAUUUUAUCUCAGUAAUAACAUGGGAUUUGGAGUUAUUCCUAGUACACUAACAGGUGAAAUGUUUAAGUCCAACGUGAGAAGUAAAGGUACCGCCCUGGUUAUUGUUAUAUCUUGGAUAUUCGGUUUUGCUGUAACCACACUUUUCAAUUCUACAAUUACACGGUUUGGAGCACAUAUCAUAUUCUGGUUCUUUGGAUUAAUCUGUGGCGUUGCAUUUCUCUUUACGUUGUUCUUUGUGCCAGAAACAAAGGGAAAGAGCUUGGCUGAAAUAACGAAAAUGUUGAACGGAUAAAUAAAUGGUGUAUUUGUUCAA